UGAGACUCAAGUCUCCUAGGUGACCAGUCUCAACAGCAGCUUUUCUUUUCAUCUUCAUCUACGUCAUACUGCUUUGUCGCGAAUCAGCUCUCUCACGCGCACCUCUUCUUUCCAGACAGUUGGAUAAGUCACUUUUGAUGCCACUGCUCUCCAAUCUCACAUUUUCAGAUCAACUAGAUCAGCAUACAAUGGACUUUCAGGACUACCCAAUCCCAUCAGGGAUCCAUGCCAUCCCUUCUCACCUCCUCGACACGCGGCCGGAUUCUGAAGUUGAUCACGACCUUCUCCACCCGAGGCCCGUCUCGGAUGAAAAGAACAUAUGGUUCUUCUGGCACUCCGGGUUCACACACAUGCAUCCCUACACCCAGCGAAACGUACGAGCCUGGCAUCGGCGGUUCUCCAAGCAAGGCUGGACCAUCCGUGUCCUCGACCGUUUACCUUCGUCCCCUUUGAACGUUGCGAACUUCCUCGAUAUCUCUGACCCGGGCAUCUUUCCCCGGGCUUUCGUGGAUGGAACAAUCGGCGGUGACUAUGCGCCCCAGCACACCUCCGACCUUGUGAGGUGGCCAUUGCUGCUCAAGUUUGGCGGCGUCUACGCAGACGUUGGUUUAAUGCAGAUCGGCGACUUAGACCGUCUAUGGAAUCAAACCGUGGGAAACCCCGCCUCCCGCUUUGAGAUUCUCACCUAUAAUGCCGGCAGUGUUAAAGAGCGUAGUCUGACGAACUAUUUCCUUUGCUCUGGGCGGAACAAUCCACUCUUCGCGCGGUGUCACAAGCUUUUCCUGGAGUUGUGGGCUGCGGAUGGUGGCAAGACGAGCACCGAAGGAAUGCAUGCCAGUCCAUUGUUGAAGGGUAUUCCACUACUCGGCCAGGGUGAUUCGCUGGCUUUCGAAGAAGGCGGAAAGAAGUUUGAGGCGGAGGAAGUCAGCAAGAUGUUAUCUGAUUACAUCACUCAAGGUCAAGUAAUGACCAUGGUUAUGGGACUCAUCGACAAAGAGGACAACUGGGACGGACCGAAAUAUGUCGCUGAGCAUAUCUACGCAAUGGACUAUAUGGCUGGGUCGCAGCUUAUCAACGUAUUCACGGCGUGGAACGGCCCGAAGGCAUUCGAAUUAAUGUCACUUUCGCUUCCAAAGGCGGGCAAGCAGGAGAGUGAGGACCAGAAAAGGGCAAGGGAGAUUGUCGAGGGGUGCCUACAGAAGAGUUUCGGGUUCAAGUUGGCCCAUGGUAUGAUAUUGAGGGUGAUGGGGGACACACUUGGAUCGCUGUGGAGGAGGCAUGACGGCUCAGACGAUGUCCCAGGAACAUAUGCGCACUGGCUUCGACACGGGACCAAGUAUUGGACUCAGGACGAGGUCCCGACUGCCCUCGACUCUCGGGUGAUCGAGCCGUACAAGAGAGGCCCGUUGUUGAGGGCAGAAUAGAACGAGAAAUGAUGUUUCCACAUUUAUGAGCAGAGUAGGGAGCAGUAUCUCUCUAUCGAUGCCACUAAUUAAGCUUCAGCCGUAUGCCGGAUUCGCCAAUGCCGAAUGAUGAAUUUGCAAUGCUUCCAUCACUUGUGCUUGGAUAAGCAAGACUGGAGAGUGAGAGUUCUCUGGUUCGACCGGGAGCUAAGAUCGUGGGGUUUGGUUGGUCGUGACCUGGAACGGUCGUGGACACAGAGUCGGUCUUGGGCAUCGAUUAAGUGAAGCAUUAUCUGUUCCAUCCGGCAUCGGUACGGUACCGAUUUGUCGAGCGCAGUCUGACAUCGAGGCGCUCCUUGGAGGUGUGGAAGCAUUUCAGAAGAAUCUUUGUCAAGAGCGCACCUCAGCUGCAAACCAUGACCUUACAUUUCUUCAUUCAUACUUGUUCGUAGAUCUCGC